GCAAGUUCGGACGCGCUCCUGCGCGAUGACCAUGUGGAGCGUCCGGCGCAGGCCGGGCCGCACGCUGGGACUCCUGCUGCUGAUAAUCUUGAGUUUCCUGGUGCUCCGCAGGUAUCUGCACCUCGGGCCGGGCACCAGUGACCAUGAGGCGGCUCAGAGGCACUCUCUCAAGUAGUUGCCGCGUGAUGUGUAGUGGCCGGCAGCGCUGGCGGUGGUGGGAACUGGGAGGCCGCGAGAGUCACGCCGCACCUUUCUUUGAGGCCCCACCCCACCACCACCCAGCCCCGGCUGCAGGAGGCAGGCUGGACUGGCGGAAUCUGAUCCUCCCGUGGCUAAGGCACCGGCAGACAGGGCUGCAGGCCAAAGGCCAAAACUUUGUGCUGGAGGACUCCCCCUUCUGGAUCUUCGGGGGCUCUGUGCACUAUUUCCGUGUGCCCAAGGAAUACUGGAGGGACCGCUUACUGAAGAUGAAAGCCUGUGGCUUAAACACCCUUACCACCUAUGUUCCAUGGAACCUCCAUGAGCCAGAAAGAGGCAAAUUUGACUUCUCUGGGAACCUGGACCUGGAGGCCUUUGUGCUGAUGGCAGCAGAGAUUGGGCUGUGGGUGAUCCUGCGUCCAGGCCCCUACAUCUGCAGUGAGAUCGACCUUGGGGGCUUGCCCAGCUGGUUACUCCAAGACUCUGGCAUGAGGCUGAGAACAACUUACAAGGGCUUCACCGAGGCAGUGGACCUUUAUUUUGAUCACCUGAUGUCCAGGGUGGUACCUCUCCAGUACAAGCACGGAGGACCCAUCAUUGCUGUGCAGGUGGAGAAUGAAUACGGCUCCUAUAACAAAGACCCUGCCUAUAUGCCUUACAUCAGGAACGCCUUGGAGGAUCGAGGUAUUGUGGAGCUGCUCUUGACUUCAGACAACAAGGACGGCCUUCCAAAGGGAGUCGUGGAUGGAGUGCUGGCCACGAUCAACUUACAGUCACAGCAUGAACUGCAGUUACUGUCCACCUUUCUCUUAAGUGUCCAGGGGGUUCAGCCCAAGAUGGUGAUGGAGUAUUGGACGGGGUGGUUUGAUUCAUGGGGUGGCCCACACAACAUCCUGGAUUCUUCUGAGGUUUUAAAAACUGUGUCUGCCAUCAUCGAUGCUGGCUCCUCCAUCAACCUCUACAUGUUCCACGGAGGCACCAACUUUGGCUUCAUAAAUGGAGCCAUGCAUUUCCAUGAAUAUAAGUCUGAUGUCACCAGCUAUGACUAUGACGCGGUGCUGACGGAGGCUGGAGACUACACAGCCAAGUACAUCAAGCUCCGGGAAUUCUUUGGCUCCAUCUCAGGUGCCCCUCUGCCGCCCCUGCCUGACCUUCAUCCCAAGACUGCUUAUGAAGCAGUGAGGCCAACUUUCUACUUGUCACUGUGGGAUGCCCUGAUGUACCUGGAGGAGCCAGUCAAUUCUGAAAGGCCAGUCAAUAUGGAGAACCUGCCUGUGAACAAUGGGAAUGGACAGUCCUUUGGGUACAUUCUGUACGAGACCACCAUCGCCUCAUCCGGUGUCCUCAGCGGUCUUGUGCGUGACCGAGGGCAGGUAUUUGUGAACACAGUAUCUGUAGGAUUCUUGGACUAUAAAAGGAAGCAGAUCGUUAUCCCCCUGAUCCAGGGUUACUCCAUGCUGAGGAUCUUGGUGGAGAAUCGCGGGCGAGUCAACUAUGGAGAUAAUAUCGAUGACCAGCGCAAAGGUUUAAUAGGAAAUAUCUAUCUGAAUGAUUCUCCCCUGAAAAAAUUCAGAAUCUACAGCUUGGAUUUGAAAAAGAGCUUCUUUCAGAGGUUCAGUGCUGACAAAUGGAGCCUCAUCCCCGAAGUACCCACAUUCCCUGCUUUCUUCCUGGGCGCCUUGUCUGUUGACCUCUCUCCUUCUGACACCUUCAUGAAGCUGGAGGGCUGGGAAAAGGGGGUUGUAUUUAUCAAUGGGCAAAACCUUGGACGCUACUGGAACGUUGGACCCCAGGAGACCCUCUACCUCCCAGGUGCCUGGUUGGACAAAGGCAGUAACCAGGUCAUUGUUUUCGAGGAGACGAUGGCAGGCCCUGACAUACAGUUCACUGAAACACCCCACCUAGGCAGGAGCCAGUACGUUAACUGAGAAGCACCGCGCAGCGCCGCCAGGGCCGAAGCAGGCCUGCCAUCCUGCGACCCGCUGACCUGCCUUCGCUCCUGCGCAUGCGCGAGGUUCCCAAAUCAGUGACUCAGGGAGCCAAGGAGCUGCUGCUUUGCCAGUGCCUGGUAGAACCGAAGAAGGUGGGCUUCCUGCCUGCCUAAUGGCUCCUUGACGGGCUUUGCGGCUGCACCAUUGCCACUUCCCCGCUCUCUGGGUGGGGACAGCGGGAAACACCCGCGGGUGGGAAGGUCUGGUUGACCUCUGCUGAUACCUGGGUCCUCAGGGACGUCCGGCUCCUGGGCAUGCCUGCUACUCUGUGUGACCUCCCUUGGGCUGGGUGCACCCCUCAGGGUCCCUUUUCCUCUCUGGAUGGUGGGUUCGUCACCGUUUGUAGAGGAUAGGUGGUGCAGGGGUCUCCCCUGAGUCCACUUUGUCCUUCACAACCCUCCCUGAGUUUUCUCUGAGAUUCUGGAAGAAACUGAGAGAUGCACGUUUUCUCCUUUUCAUUCCCACUCAGUUGCAUCUGACAGACUGACAAACCCAGUUUAAGAAACAGAAAUAUUCAGCCCCUUAUUUUCCUUAAUUAGUGAGUAUUUCCAGUUUUACUCAAUGAGAAGCACCAGCUGAGGAAGAAAUGUAGAUCCUAGUGAAACUACGUCCCUGUCUGAGGAUCCAGGGAAGCAAAGGGCAGAAGACCAGCCCCAUUGUGUGGGUGGGUAGCCACCCCCAGGUGCCAGGCCUGGCUCUGUUUCUCUCCCUCGACCUCCUGGACUUAGCAGAGGGAGAAGAGGUAGCCUUCCUUCACAGUUGUCUGCCCACAUUUGAGGCGCUAGUUCUGGGAAUUCAGUCCAGUGAUUUGGUUCAGGUUUGCGUCCUGAAUUGCAAUAAAGCAACAGAGUUGAAUCAAACUCUCUAUGGUGGUAUUUUUCCAGUCCCAUCUGUGCAAUUCACCAGAGGCAAAGGCAGUGUUGGGUCAGGCACCAGCUGGCACGCAUGUCCAGACACCGCCUUUACCCACUUAGUGGGUGAUCCAGCUCCUGGCCCCUUACCUCCCUCCUUACCUCCGUUCUUCCCGAAAUAUCACUGUGGACUGGAAGUGCCCUUGGAGAGGAGAAGUCAGGUCCAUUCUGGUGCUGGCAGGCAGAAGGUGAGAAUCUGCUGGACAGCUCUACAUGUGAGUUAGCUACAGUGGCUAAGUUUUCUUCGCAAACGACAUGUGGAUUCCACUGCCACAAACUUAUUACCUUCAGUAAUAGUCAAAGUCAAAUAGAUGCCUCCCCAGGGAGCCCGUAAAGAAAGGGGAGCAGAAUAGCAGGCAUAAGGUCCUCAGGCUUGCAUUGGUCAAGGACCAGACUCUGCAGGGGCACUUGUGUGCAGCCACUGGGUGGGCCCAAGAGCUGAGGCCUUGUACAGUUAUGCACAUGCACGGGCUGAGCCCUGGGUUCCCUAGGGCAGAGGAAUGGGACUUAUUAAAAUGAACAUCAUAGACAAUAUUUGGGGGCCAGUUCCCCGAUCUUGCCCAAACUCACCAGCUAUUCCUGAACUGCUUUGGAAUAGAAAGCAUAGAGCUAAGACAUGGUUGAGACCAGGGUUCCUUGGGCAUGGCCCAUGCUCGCUUUACGACAAAGCACACUUCUACAAAGCUGCAUGUAAGUUGUCUUCUGUUGCAAAAUGUGACAAUGAAUUGGUAAGUAAAGGAAUUGUGCAGCAAAUAAAGUGAAGAAUCCCCUUGAAUUACCCUUUUAGCAAAUCUGCACAGGGAUGCACUGGUCUUUCUUAAGGUAAGGGCCUCCUGCACAACCUUGCUAUUCAUUACCUCUGCCAAACCACCCUGCAGCUUUGCCGCCAGAGCCCCUGGCGGAGCCCCUCCUGCAGUGUUCACUCACAGUUUGCCCAGAUGCUCCCUCCUGGGUGGCUUCACCUCAGUUGCCACGGAUCCUCCUCAUAACCCAAUCUCUAAAUGCGGGACGUCUCCAGGCCACUCCUCAGACCUCUUUGCUCUGCCCACAUUGGCUGUGGGUGGCCUCAUCGACUUGGGGAUCCUAUACAGCCCUGGGUCCUCUUCCCUGACCCUCACCCUCUGAGUUCCAGGUGCCCUGGCCCUGUCAUCUACCCUCUUGCCACGUGUUUAACAGGCAAGGGGUACCAAACUGAUUACUCACACAUGUUCCCUCCUGCACUCUGCCCCUCAUCAGGAAGUGGCAAUUCUGUUCUGUGUCUUGAUUUUUUUUGGCUCCGCUCUCGUAUCUCACAUCCAAUCCAUCCGAAUUCUCCUGGCUGUACCUAGUACACACAUCCAGAACCCAGCCACUCUCUGCUCACAGCUUGCCCCUUUGUCCAGCUUGCCAUCACCCUGUGGGUUAUUACAAGUGCUGCCUCUGCUAGCCGCCCUGUCCUCUCUGUUUAUUGUCAGCCCAAAAAGGGGAGUGAUUCUUCUCAAGGGCCAAGUAGAUCACCAGUCCUCUGCUUCCAACCCUCCAAAGGCUUUCUUUUCCCAAUAGAUGCCAAAGCAUCACCCCUACAUUCCCAGCACCGACAUAAUCUAUGCCUCUCCCAUGCCCACCACUAGCUCCCUCCCCUUUCCCAGCCAGUCACAGUGGCCUUUUGCUGAUCUCCAAAUAUGCUAAGCACUCUCCCAAGUGGGAGAGAGCUCUUUUCUGGAAUGUUCUGACCCACAUAAGUGCAAAUGUGCUUGCUGCUGCUCUUGCCCAGGUGUUACCUUAUCAGAGAUGCCUUUCUGACCAAACUGUAGAGGUGUCACUCCUGUCCACAGAUGCACUCAGCCUCCUGCUUCUCCUUAGAACUGAUCCCAUCUGAAAUAUUAUCGAUUCACUUAUUGCCCAUCUACCUCCUCUCAGAAGACCAGUGUUUUGGUUUUUCCCCCAUUCUGUGCCAGUCCUAGAAUAAUGCCGGCUCCCAGGAGGCACCUGACGAAUAAGUGUCUGUUGGAUGUGACAACAUAUGGGAAUAAAGUAUGGCAGGGCUGGGGAGGAUUAGGGCUGUUAAAAAACAUAUUUGAGUUUUAAUUUCGAAAACAAAUUAAAUACAGUUAAAUUAAGACAGACCGGAUGGUGCAGUUGUGUGGGUCCACCCUCACCCCACCUGCGCGGGGAACCCCAGCCCCCACCUCACUCCUUCAUGGUGGAGAGCAGGAACAGACCUGGUUGGGAAAAUGAAUUGUAGUCAUAGACUCAAUUCUGAUUUAUCACAAACUCAUUCCCAACGAAGAUGAAAGCUGCAGUCCACCAGGGUCAUAAUUAUAAAUAAAUACACAUGCAGCUAAGAGGGUAUUAAGUAAAAACAACUCAACUAGCAUCUGCCAAAAAAAAAACACAG